AUGGCAUCAGAAGCGAAGGCCUACCCUUCACCACUGCAGAAGUCAGGCGCAUUGGAUAAUAAGUUCGAGUUUGAAGAAGCCACACCGGUUAUCGGACGCGAGUACCCGAAGAUUAACAUUGUUGACGAUAUCCUCAAUGCUUCAAAUGCGGACGAGCUCAUCCGUGAUCUCGCCAUCACCAUCUCCGAACGUGGCGUCGUCUUCUUUCGAUCACAAGACAACCUUACAAAUGCUCUCCAAAAGGAACUUGUGCACCGGCUUGGACAACUAACCAACAAGCCAUCUGACUCAACCUUACACAUCCAUCCCAUCCUUAACAACACCAGCGAGUUUGGCGUAAAUGAUGCUGAGAUCAGUAUUAUCAGUUCACUGCAACGAAAGAAGAUUUCCGGCCGUCAGAAAAGUCAGAGGCAGACCGGCAACCGUCGCUACGAUGCUGCACAAUGGCACUCCGACGUCCAGUUUGAGCCGGUCCCAGCAGACUACACAUCGUUACGAUUGACCCAGCUUCCAGAGACGGGAGGCGACACACUCUGGGCUUCUGGCUACGAGGUCUUCGACCGCUUCUCCAAGGCUUACCAAACCUUCUUUGAGAGUCUGACUGCGACUUUCAUCGCCGAAAGCUUUAUAAAGGCCGCCGUUGCAGCCCCUGAUAAGAUCAAGAUCUACGACCAGCAGCGCGGCAGCCCGAAGAACAUCGGCAAAGACUUGACAGCUGUCCACCCGGUUGUACGCACGAACCCGGUGACUGGCUGGAAGAGCAUCUACGCACUUGGCCCAUUCCCAAAGUACAUCAACGAGCUCAACGACAAAGAAUCAAGCGAGCUUCUAUCGAUGUUCUUGAACGUGAUAUACGAGAACCAUGACCUCCAGGUGAGGUUUAAGUGGAAGAACCAGAACGAUCUUGCGAUCUGGGAUAAUCGCAGCACAUUUCAUUCUGCUACAUACGACUAUGAUGGGCUGGGUGAGCGAUUUGGCAAUCGUGCGGUUGGCAUUGGAGAGACGCCGUUCCUUGAUCCUAAUAGCAGGUCACGAACGGAAGUGCUAAAGGAAAGGCAGCAGAACGGCAAAGGUGAAGUCGAACGUGGUUUGGACACGUCAAAUAUAAUUUCUGCGUAA